UGAAUUCUACUUUCAUAAUAAAUACGACAUCCACACGCUUUCUUCUUAUCUAAUACUUGUACGAAACAUACAACCAUGGGUAAAUCUAACACUGAUAUCCUGCUGGAUGCAGGGGUCGUCGAACUUCUGAGCAGCAUGGAUGCCUUUUUCAUCCAGCAGCGAAUUCGUAUGGUGGAAGCUGUUACCCAGGGCUGCAUCGAACAAGCAAAUGUCUACGAUGUCUUCAACAAGGAAACCAAUAAGCGUGUCAUGGUGAGUUCAUUUAGCUAUCACGAUUGUGGUAAUUUCAUGGUUAUGCAUUCUGUUCCAAUGUAUGAUAUCACGGCAUUGUGCUUUGCGCACUAAUUUCAGUGAAAUCAAUCCGCCGUCCUCUCACAUUCCUUCCCGUUGUUUCAAUUCUGUCCUUGCUGCGUUUGCUUUCUGUCCGUACCCCUCGUGCAGAUCAUCAAGGAAGAAUCCGACGGCUGCUCCCGCUGCUUCUGUGCACCCAACCACUCUAUCUUUGUCAAGUUCUACAUGGUGGGCAGCGACGCCCCGGAAAUCAAGCCUGGUGAAAAAAUUGACUGGUCCUACGAACCAAGUGGGGCCCCUUUCAUGACCUUCGAACGGGAAGGAUGCGAUUGCUGCUUCAAAGGCGCUUGUCCCAAGCCUUGCAUAGGUUGUUAUGCCUGCACCGAGGGAUGCAGGGACAUCGGUACCCUUCACGCCGGUGAUUUGGACGGCAAGCCCGGAGAAAAGGACGGCAAGCGGGAACGUGUCAGCCUUAUCGGAGAAUCCAUCCAGCCGAAGGGCGGUGGUGGCUUCAAGCCAGUUAUGCAGAUGAUGGACCGUGCUGAUCCUAGCGAUGGAGCCGAAGGAAAAACGGAACUCUUCGCCGCCUCCCGUGGACCAUGCGUAACGGGUGGAUGCUCAGCUCUUUGUUGCAGCUCUCCUUUUGGAGUCGCUGUAGCCGACCAGAGUAUGUACGAAAACUCUUCCAAGCUCCACAAGCAAAACUUUGGUGACUAUGCCACAAUCACCAAGAUCAGGCCCAAAAAGUUCAGCCAGGCCAUGCGUGAGGUCUUCACCGACAGUGAUAUCUUUGACGUCACCUUUGCCCAAAAGUCUGUCUCGGCCCAGCAAAAGGCAAACAUCCUGGCUCACAUUAUCCACCUCGACUACAUGUUUUUCGAGAGAGAUGGCGACAUGUGCGGAAACGACGAAAACGGAUCUUACAUCAACAUUUGCAAUUGGUUCUGCUACGGAUGCAUCUGUCCAUGCAAGUGCUACUGCAAGUCCAGCAGCUAGCUCAUCAACUGAAUGCUUUGUCUACUUCAAGGCGUAUAUGUCAUUUUCAUCAUUAUUUCGUGAAUAAACAUUUGGAUAGGAGAUAGUCGAGGGAACCUCUUUCACGUUGGGUUGUUUGGGACUUGAAGGUCAUGCUCCGUGCAAACAAAUUGAAGACAAUGAUUCCGAACAACCUGCACGACCAAUGAGUCAGAGCAAUAUUAAAAGUAGUAGUGAAAUAUAAUUUGGUAUUUAUU